UUUCAGAACUCACGAGUCAGAGACCCCUGUGCUCUCCACAAGCUGAUCGAUCAGAGUCCACCGUGUAUGGCACGUUAACUUACUUCUGAUAUAUACACACACACACAUCAUCGGCGACGAGAUUCCACUGCUGCGUACAACAAGGCGCUGGCGUGCCCUCUAGCAAGCUCUCCUCAUGGCAGACGAGUGGUGGAGCUCCGUGCGUGCCGGCGACGGCGCGUCGGCCUGCUCCACGGACCAGGACGCUGCCGAGCCGGGGGCGACGAGUGCCACCUCGACGGAUUAUUUCCGGUCAGGUUUGCACGUCGAUGCCGCGGCCUCGCCACCAUCGUCCUUCCUCGCCGAUCCACCCCACAUGGCGGAUUGGACACAAGCCUACGUGGGCGGCGGCAGAGCGGCUGCGGAAGCGACCGCUAGCUUCAACGCGCUCCUCCGACUCCACGGCGACGACGCGGGUCGCCACUUCCUGCUCGAUCAACAGCCCGACGUCGUCGACGGCGCGGCGCCCUUGGCACCAGAAGCAGCGGCGUCGCGAAGCGCGUCCCUGUGCGCGGAAAAUCAGUACUCCGGCUACGGCGACGUGCCGGCGGCGCCGAUGACGACGACGAAGCCGUUCUCGCAGCAGCACUUCGUCUCCGGCUUCUUUGCCUCGUCGACGCGGAAUUUCAGCGACGUGGCGUCAGAGCCACGGCCGAUGACGACGAAGCCGCUUCUCUUGCAGGCCUUAGAGCAGAAAGCUUUCAGGUCCCAUAAGGAGCAUGUUCAGGACGCUUGCUACUCGGCCACAAGAAGAAGCGUUCCCGACUCACCGGCGGCGGCUAAGAAGCUCCGGAUCGCGACGCCGUCUCCCAUGCCGACCUUCAAGGUGAGGAAAGAGAAGCUCGGGGACAGAAUCACCGCGCUCCAGCAACUCGUCUCGCCUUUUGGAAAGACGGAUACUGCAUCGGUUCUUCACGAGGCCAUCGAAUACAUCAGGUUCCUACACGAUCAAGUAGCAUCCCUGAGCUCUCCGUACCUGAGGUGUGGACGCCCUGUGCAGGUGCAGCAGCUACAGCAACAACAGGUUUCGUAUCACGCCAAAGACGGUGGCGAGGCGAAGGAGGACCUGCGAAGCCGAGGGCUGUGCCUUGUCCCGGUGGCGAGCACUUACGCGGUGGCGAGCGAGACGGCGCCGGAGUUCUGGCACCCUAACUUUGGGGGAACAUUUCGGUAGAGACAGACAGGCUAGAAGCUUAUAGCUCUAAGGUAGAGACAUGUUAGUAGUGUUGAAGCAAAAGCAAAUGAAAAACCUGAGCUGUAACCUGUUUAUGAGGAUGUUUAGUUGGAUUGAACACAAGAAAUACACCCACAAGAGGAGAUGCUGAAA